AUGGGAGGCGGAGAUCUCAAUAUGAAGAAGAGCUGGCACCCCCUGCUUCUGAAGAAUCAGGAGAGGGUCUGGCAAGAGGAAAAGAAAGCGUUGGAAGAGAAGAAGAAGCUGGACCAGCUGCGGAAGGAGCGAGAUGAAGAGCGGCAAAUGCAAGAGCUCGAACGACUUCAAGAAGAAAAAACGGGUAAAAAGCGGCAAGAGAGACUGGAGUGGAUGUAUGCUACGCCUGCGUCAGGGAGCAGCCAGAAUCCGAACGAGCUCGAGGAUUAUUUGCUCGGGAAGAAACGGGUGGACAAGAUUCUCACAGCGGACGAGAACGCUAAGCUUGGAGCAGCUCACAAGAACUUCAUCGCCGUUCAGAACGCAAAUACCGCUCGCGACAUUGCCUCUAAAAUCCGUGAAGACCCGCUGUUCGCCAUCAAACAGCAAGAACAGGCUGCGUAUCAGGCCCUGUUGUCAAAUCCUCUACGUCUGAGAGAGAUGCAAGAGCGAAAUGGCAUGAAACCCAAGAAAGACAAGAAGGCCAAGAAGCUCGAGAAAGAGGAGCGGAAGCGACUCAAGGCCGAACGCAAGCAUGGUCGAGAUAGGUCUCGUUCUCGAAGUCCGUAUCGUGAACGGUCAUUGUCUGUUGAUCGUCAUCGCUCGCGACGGUCUUUGACACCUGAUCGCCGCCGCUCUCGUUCUCCUCGAUAUGAUGAGCGUCGAGAGCGAAGCUACACUCCUCCACGUGACCAUUAUCGACCCAGCCGUCGGGACAGUCGAAGUCGUAGUCGCACUCCACCGAGGAGAGAACAAGAUCGCGUUCGAACUUGGCCACGUUCCGAUGAUUCCGAUGAUAACAAUGGCCGACGUGACUCUCGCGGGGGUAAACGAGCCCGCAGCCGUAGUCCUCCACGUUAUGACCGAAACUCGGAUGUCAAACGAGCUCGCAUGAGUCCGCCUCCUCCUCCCCGACCACAACAACCACAAACAAUGGCUAGCAGAGCCGCAGACGACCGAGCCGCGCGUUUAGCAGCAAUGCAGUCCAAUGCUCAGAGUAUGACUGUCGAGCGGCAGGAGCGUCUCGCGGCAUUGUUAGAGAAGGAAAAGGCAGAGCUGGCUCGAGACGAGGAGGCUCGUAAACGGUCAAAGGGUAUGGGCGACUUUUUGAGUCACGAGCAGAAGAAGGUGUUUGGUGGCUCGAUCGGCCUGGAAGACCGUAUUCGUCGUGGAAAGGGAGGGAUGGUGGUCGAUGCUGAUUGA